CUCAAAAUGGCCACACGCUUCCCCCCGUGGCGGCAAAACACCGCCCAGGACCACACCGCGGCCUAACUGUUGGUCUUUCCGCGAGAGAGGGGGAAGCAGAGACCCCCGUCCACCACCUGGACCUCGGCUCCCGCCCUCUUCGGCGGAGGAGUGGAGAUCCUGCUCAGAGGGCCGGUCUCUCUAAAUAUGCCCCAGGAUGACGGAGCGGCCGCCGAGCGAGGCGGCACGCAGUGACCCCGCGCUCGAGGGACGGGACGCGGCCGAGGCGCGCAUGGCCCCCCCGCACCUGGUCCUGCUCAACGGCGUCGCCAAGGAGACGGGCCGCGCGGCCCCGGCGGAGCCCCCGGUCAUCGAGCUGGGCGCGCGCGGCGCCCCGGGGGGCGGCCCCGUCGGGGGCGGCGCCGCGCGGGACUUAAAGGGCCGCGACGCGGCGGCGGCCGAAGCGCGCCAUCGGGUGCCCACCACCGAGCUGUGCCGCCCGCCCGGGCCCGCCCCGGCGCCCGCCCCGGCCCCCGCGGAGCUGCCCGGAGACGGCCGCAUGGUGCAGCUGAGCCCGCCCGCGCUGGCGGCCCCCGCCGCCCCCGGCCGCGCGCUGCUCUACAGCCUCAGCCAGCCGCUGGCCUCCCUCGGCAGUGGAUUUUUUGGGGAGCCUGAUGCCUUCCCUAUGUUUGCCACCAACAACAGAGUGAAGAGGAGACCCUCCCCUUACGAGAUGGAGAUUACUGAUGGUCCCCACACCAAAGUCGUGAGGCGCAUCUUCACCAACAGCCGUGAGCGAUGGCGGCAGCAAAAUGUGAAUGGGGCCUUUGCUGAGCUCCGCAAGCUGAUCCCCACGCAUCCCCCCGACAAGAAGCUCAGCAAGAAUGAGAUCCUCCGCCUGGCCAUGAAAUACAUCAACUUCCUGGCCAAGCUGCUCAAUGACCAGGAGGAGGAGGGCACCCAGCGGGUCAAGCCUGGCAAGGACCCUGUGGUGGCCGCUGGUGGAGGUGGGGGAGGGGGCAGUGCACCUCCAGAUGACCUCCUGCAGGACGUGCUGUCCCCCAACUCCAGCUGUGGCAGCUCCCUGGAUGGGGCAGCCAGCCCCGAGAGCUAUACAGAAGAGCCGGCACCCAAGCAUACUGCCCGUAGCCUCCAUCCUGCCAUGCUGCCCACCUCGGAUGGACCUGGCCCUCGGUGAUGGGUCUCGGGCCACCAGGACCAGCCGGGGGUG